CUUGAAUGCAUUCUUGUUUUCUUGUAUUUUGUAAGCUAUACUGCUAUACAGCACAUUGACAACAUUAAGCGUUGCUACAAGAAUUAUUUCUCAUAUUUGAUUUUUACAUCGAAAUUCACUCUACUAACGAAUCAGAAAAUGUCUUCUCUGUGCCCUGAAGAUGUCCCUGGUGCAGUCUUACCAGAUGAUGUCUCACUAGAAUCACAUUCCGUAUUAAAACUGCAACGCUGGUUAGAAUGCAGAGGGUUGAAAAAAGUAGGAACCAAGGCUGAACUUAUUUCAAGAAUACAGAAUUGUGUGAAUGCUGGUAACGAAGGAAAUAUAUUCAGUGGUGUUGAUGGAGGAAAAUGGUAUGAUUUGAAAAAUAAUGCCAAGCCAGGUCCUAGCAGUAAUGCUGAUGAAUCGCUCUUUGAAGGAGUUGUAUGGGGAAAGUUCCCAAGUUGCAAUGUUCCAUUGUAUUUCAACAAAGGGCAUAUUUACACAUAUAUUGUGGGUGAGAAUGUUGAGAGUGACGACCCAAAGAUAUUGGGAGUAGCUGACCAGUCAGUUACUACAGUAAAACCAUUUAGAAGAGGUCACCAAUAUGUUAGUAGUGAUCACAUAAGUGAUGUUGAAGAUGGGGAAGUUAAUAAUAUGUAUUUGUGUAAAUGUAAGUGUCUCUCAUCCUUCCAGAAGACCUUGCAGUAUUCUGUUCGCCUUAUUUUGAACAAAACGUCUGGAGCAGUGAUGAAAGGCAUUUGCGAGUGCAAGCAGUCAGCCCUGGGAAAAUGCAGUCAUGUGUCUGCAUUUUUGCUCUUCAUCAGUGAGUAUGUUGAAAAACAUGGACACACAAAACUAUCGGCUACUAGUCAACCCCGCAGAUGGGGCCUUGGAUCAAAAAAGCGCAACCCAGCAGCAGUUAAAUCGGCUGUUUACCCUAUAAAGAGGUUUAGAUCUGAACGAGCCAAUUUUGAUCCAAGGCCUGAAGGUUAUGUGAAAACGUUCAAUGAGAACGAUUUUGUAACUGAUUUACAAAAGGCUGGUGACAGUUCCAUGUUCCAGUCAAUAUUUUAUUUGAAAUAUGAAGAUUUCAAUUAUGAUGAUGAAGAAAUUGAUGUAUUGAAACAGCAGUCAAAACAAUUUAUGACAAAUUUACAUCAAAUGUUGAAGGAAAUCUCAAAAGGUGAGGAACUGGUUGAAAUACCUGGAACUUCACCACAAGGAUGUGAGGACUGGUUGAAAUGGAGGUCAUUUUUCAUCACCUCUUCAAACGCAAAAAUUGUGGCCACCCAAUUAAUUAGCGACAGGGCAAAAAAAAAUUUCCUAUUGAAGAAUCUGUGGAGGGAAACCAAAGGAAUCACAACUGUCGCUAUGGCGUAUGGAAAGGCCAAUGAGGUGGUGGCAAGGCAGGAGUACGCCAAAAUUCUAAAUGAAAAUCAGUCUCUUGUUGAAAAGGGACUGAUGUUAAACGUUAAUCACCCAUAUAUGGCCACAAGCCCAGAUGGUGUUGUGAUGAUAGGUAAUGAAAUCGACCAUAUAAUAGAAAUAAAAUGUCCAAAGGUAUUGGAAAAGUGCAGAGGCAUCUACAAUUUUGAUACGCACUUGUCGAAAUCUCAAAGCAAUUCUUUUUUUUUGGAAAAGAAGAAUAAUACAAUAAGUGUCAAACGGAAGCACCCAUACCUUUAUCAAAUAAUCAUGACGUUGGAGAUUCUUCAAGUUGAUAAAUGUAUGCUGAUUGUUUGGUGUCCAGCAGAUAUGAUGGUCAUUCCAGUGUAUAGGAGGGAUUACCCAGAAGUUGUGAGGGAAAUAAAAACAAACGUUAGAAAAUUUUAUAGCAAUAUUUAUAUUCCAGAGGUAUUCACAAUGAAAGUUAUUAGAGAUUUAACACCGGUUGAUCUUGGGAUAAUCUAAUAAAAGUCACACAGAUGGAUCAUUAUAAUAAAUAAAACAGUGCUUACUUAAUUUUUUAGUUUUAUUAAUGAUUUUAAACCUAUUUCUAAUGGCAUGCCAAAUUUAUAAUAUAACAAUAUAUAAAUGAAUAAACUUAAAUUGCUUAAGAGUUCAAGGGUUGCAUUCAGAAACUCAGUCCGAGAGUGUGAGUACGAAUAUACUUAUAGGGCAUACUUCGAAAAAGUAAAAGAGAAAAGUAUUGUUAAUAUAUAUAUAUAUAUAUAAUAUGUUUGUGAACGCUUCAUUCAGACUAUUCAGAGUUUACCCAGAGUAAGUUUUCGAAUGCAUCCUAGGAAAGUGAGGUGAGAAUAAAGAGCAUUAUUUCUUGAUAUUUGGUACAUACUCCUUCUUAUAAGCAAUGAAGAUAUGGAAAUAUAAUAUUAUGAAGAAUGUUUAUUUUUGAAAAUUCUUCAUUGAUAAUACAAUGAACACUAAAAGAAAAUUCCAUUAUUUGCCCUAAGCAUUAUAUAUUCUUAUAGCUUACUACCCACAAAGGUAUCGAUUAAAAUCACUAUCUUAGAGUCUAUAAAAUCACUA